CUCAAGAUAGUAUACUAUCUUAUGGACAAUCUAGAUAACACCUGCGCUUCCCUGCGCCGGCGCAUCGCCGAAACAGAAGCCCAACUCGCCCGUCUCCGCGGCGAACUCCAAGACGCCGAACGCGCCGCCACCACCGCCAAAGCGAAGAGUACGAGAUGGCCGAUGGAAGAUGAGGAAUACACUCGAUAUGGGCGACAGAUGAUUGUUCCGCAGGUUGGAUUGCCGGGCCAGCUGAAACUACGAUCCGCCAAGGUGUUGAUUGUUGGCGCUGGUGGGCUGGGAUGUCCGGCGGCGCUGUAUCUGGCUGGUGCUGGUGUGGGAACGCUAGGUCUGGUGGACGGCGAUGAGGUGGAUGUUUCCAAUCUCCAUCGGCAGGUCUUGCACCGCACUGCGAAUGUGGGCAAGCGGAAGGUGGACAGUGCUAUUGAGUAUUUGCGCGAACUCAAUCCCCAUCCCACCUACAUCGCCCAUCCCGCACACCUCACCCCCCAAGACGCCCCCUCCAUCUUCGCCGCCUACGACCUCAUCCUCGACUGCACCGACAACCCCGCCACGCGCUACCUCAUCUCCGACACCGCCGUUCUCCUGAACAAACCUCUCGUAUCCGCAUCCGCCCUCCGCACCGAAGGCCAGCUCAUGGUCCUCAACAACCCGCCUCAACCCCCCGGCGACCCCGCCGGCGGACCCUGCUACCGCUGCGUGUUUCCGCGUCCGCCCCCAGCAGCCAGCAUCCUCAGCUGCGCCGACGGAGGGAUUGUGGGGCCAGUAGUCGGCACAAUGGGUGUCCUUCAAGCCCUCGAAGCUAUCAAAGUGCUCACCACUCCGGCGAACCCACCAGCCCUGCACAUCUUCUCCGCGUACUCGUCCCCGCUGUUCAGAACUAUCAAGCUGCGCUCGCGCCGUCCUAACUGCGCCGUCUGCUCGGCCCAGCCUACCGUCACUCUGGACACCCUCCAGUCCGGAUCCACGGAUUACGUCUUCUUCUGCGGCAGCGUCAGUCCAGAAGCACUACUCCAACCCAACGAGCGCAUCUCCCCACAAGACUACCAGCAGUCCUCUUCCUCGUCAGACCCCGCAAUAAUAAUCGACGUCCGCGAAAAAGUCCAAUUCGACAUUUGCAGUCUAAACAACAGCAUCAACAUUCCUAUCUCCACCAUACUAUCUUCUUCUUCCUCUUCCUCUUCAUCCACCACCAACUCAGACCCUACAAAGAAAAACGAAAAUCUCCCCCCCUGGCUCCCAUCAGAAAUAACCACAUCCGAAACAUCCCCCAUCUACGUCAUCUGCCGCCAAGGCAACGACUCCCAGAUAGCGGUCAAAAAGCUGAAAGCGCUUGGUUUGGACCGCGAGGGGAGGCGCAUUGUGGAUGUUAUGGGGGGGUUGCGUGCUUAUAGACGGGUUGUUGAUCCUGGGUGGCCUGAGUAUUGAC